AUGACGGCGGUGCAGAGAAGGGUUGGCUUCACAGGCUGCCUCUCGAGACCUUCUAUAAGCUCGACCUUGAUACGGAAUUACCGGGCAAUGGGGACUGGAUCUGAUGAUGAACUCUUUACAUACACGUCCGGCCGGUUUCUUUACAACGAGCAGCGCCGCCUUGCCGAACGUCGAGUUAUUUUCGACGUUGCUGCCUUAAAGCAUGUGGCUGAACAGCAUGUCGGACAUGGUACAAUUACCUCCUUCCAAAAACUUGCUGAAGGAGGCUUUAAUCGGGUAUUCCUCCUUACCACCGAGGGUGGAUAUCAGGCCAUUGUCAAGGUUCCUUACAAGACUACCGUCCCCAGACAUUAUACCACUGCUAGCGAAGUCGCUACAACAGACCUUUUACGAUCAAAGGGGGUCCCUGUACCACGUAUACUUGCUUGGUCCACUGAUCCAAACAAUCCUGUUGGAGUCGAGUACGUUAUUAUGGAAAAGGCGUCUGGGGUCCCAUUGGAAACAAAAUGGUUUAAUCUAUCGAAACAAGAACGCCACUAUCUUGUGACAAGUUUGGUCGAUAUCGAGAACACGCUAUUUGGUAUCCCCUUUGGCCGUUAUGGCAGCAUAUACUAUAGAAAGGAUGUCCCGUCAGAGCUUCAGCAAGACCUCUAUGCAGAGGGCACCGACCCAGCCAUGGCUUCUGCAGAUGAGCGGUUUUGCAUUGGCCCUACUACCGAUUAUAUGUUCUGGUACGGCAAACGCGCAGAGAUGGGAAUCAACCGUGGGCCCUGGAAAACUCCGGCGGACUAUUUGCUUUCUAUAGCAAGACGGGAAUGUGAGUGGACGAGGAGAUAUGGGGAACCUCGCGCCGUCCGAUUCCCUCAUGUGGUCAACUUUGAAGGCAUAAACUCUCCUGACGACCAUAUCCAGCUUCUCAAACAGUACAUGGCCAUGGCGCCCUAUCUACUUGGUGGGGAUCCACACCACCUCACUCCAGGGAAUGUAUUCAUCUGUCCGGAAACCCACAAGGUGGCUUGUAUCAUAGACUGGCAGCAUGCCGCCUUACUUCCUCUGCUCCUGGCUACAGGGCACCCUCCAAUGCUCCAGAGCCCCGAUCACCCUGCACCACAGACACUUGAGAAACCUGUCCUCCCUGCAGAGUAUGACUCGCUCUCCCCGGAGUGCAAAUCGCAAAUAGACGAACUCCAUCGACGCAGGAUGCUAUUUUAUCUUUACAUGGUGUUUAAUGGUGGCUUGAACAAAAGACACCUAUCGGGAAUGAUGGAUCCCCGCGUCCUCCUUACACAGCAUCUUGUCGAGAGAGCUGAGAAGCAAUGGAGCGGAGACAUCUUCAGCUUAAAAGGGGCUCUUAUCAGAAUGCAUUAUCAGCAAGAAUCGACUUGGUUUGAGAUGAACGGCCUCGUCGAGUACUGGAAGUCGGAGCUUGGGGGUUUGAAUGACGAUGGCUGGGUUAGGACCGAAGCUUACGACGAUGCGGUGAAAAAGAGCAUGGAGUUGAAGCAGGUCUUACUGGAUGGUUCCGAUACCCUAGAGGAGGAACGGUGUGUUCAGGAACAGUGGCCAUUUCAGGACCAUGAGGAACCAACCACGGUAUAG